UAAGAUAAUUCAGGGAUUGUCAGUGAAAAUUAGCCGGCAUUUGCUUGGUUCAUCUCGAAGCUAAAACCCAAAAUCGAUUUACUCAGGUUCAUCAUCACUACUAUUUCAUCAUCACAUUAAAAAUCAAGAAGUUAGCAAUACAAGUCCCGCUUCUUUUAAUCCCAUACUCAUGCCGAUACCGAUUCUGAUAAAACACCACCACACUUCUUCAAAACCCUAAAAAAUACACUCCCGUUACUUUGUCUAAUCGAGCCAAUUCACAAUGGCCUCGAGGGACCAAGCGCUCUCUCUCCUCACGGCGGUAAAUGCCCAUGGCGAUUUAGCAGUGAAGCUGUCUUCGUUAAAGCAGGCCAAAGACAUUAUAUUAUCGGCGGAGCCGUCUUUUGCUGCCGAGCUUAUCCCUUACGUGGUUGAACUCCAGUUUUCUCCUGAGAGUCUUGUUAGAAAAAUGCUCCUCGAGAUUAUUGAAGAAAUCAGUUUGAAAGCAAUGGAACACUGCACUUUACUUGUACCUGUCUUAUUGGCAUUUUUAAGAGAUAAUGUUACCGUCAUUGCUAGGCAAUCUAUUGUUUGUGGCACACAUUUAUUUUGUGCUGUUCUAGAGGAAUUGGCAUUGCAGUUUCACCGGCAUGGUAAGGUGGAACGAUGGCUCGAAGAACUCUGGAUAUGGAUGCUUAAGUUCAAGGAUGCUGUAUUUUCAAUCGCAGUUCAGCCUGGUUUUGUUGGGACAAAGUUGCUGUCGCUUAAAUUUUUGGAAACAUUUGUAUUGCUUUUUACCACCGACGUCAAUGAUUCUGACAAAUUUGUUGCAGAAGGAAGUAGGCGGUUAUUUAACAUCUCAUGGCUGCAUGAUGGACAUCCUUUUCUGGAUUCAGUUGCACUCAUGUCAGAUGCAGACAAGACUCUUGGUGUUCUGUUGAAUUUUCUGCAGUCGCCUGGCAGUCUUCCUGGUCCAUUGAUAAUUGCAGUUGUAAAUUGUCUUGCGGCUAUAGCAAGGAAGAGGCCGCUCCACUACGGUAUCAUUUUUUCUGCACUGCUUGAUUUUAAUUCAAGUUCAGAGACGAUGAGAGGAUGUCAUACUGUUAGCAUCCAAUAUUCCUUGAGAACUGCCUUUUUGGGAUUCUUGCGGUGUCUACAUCCUACCAUCUUUGAGUCAAGAGAUAGAUUGCUUAGAGCUUUACGUUCUUUGAAUGCUGGGGAUGCUGCUGAUCAAGUUAUUCGUCAAGUUGAUAAAAUUAUAAAAAGCAAUGAGCGUUCUUCACGCGACAUCAGGGUCAGCAGGGAUGAUCAACCAUUAAGCCAACCUUUAGUUUCAAGUGAUCAGUUAAGAAAAAGAUCCGUGCCUCUAGAUCAUGAAGAGCUCUCUAAUGGCCACGAGGUGUCAGCCAAGCGGAUUCGCUAUGGACCUGCUAUGUCAUCAAUUAUGCCAGUGCAAGUGAUUGAUCCCGAGGAGGAUUCUGUAUCUGUCAAUGGAUCUUCUAACGGUCCUUUAUUAGAUGGUGAUUUGACCCCUGCAGAACAAAUGAUAGCUAUGAUUGGUGCAUUGCUUGCUGAAGGAGAGAGAGGUGCUGAAUCACUUGAAAUUCUAAUUUCGAACAUUCACCCUGAUCUGUUAGCUGAUAUUGUAAUUACUAACAUGAAGCAUUUGCCUAAGAAUCUCCCACCUUUGACAAGGCUUGGGAGUGUACCAGUAACUCAUCAAACUGCCUCUUUGAGCACUCCUGCAAAAUUUGUAUUGCCAUCUGCUUCAACAACUUCAGUCUCUCCCGUCACUGCUACACAAGUACCUUUUGCUGCAGCAAGUGCAAACAGUUUAUCACUGUCCGAUUCACCCACGGUCAAUCAUUUGCCUGCUGAUUCUAAACGUGAUCCAAGAAGGGAUCCUCGCCGCCUUGAUCCACGGCGUGCAGCAACGCCUGUUGGAGGUCCAUCCAUGCCUAUUGCAGAUGAUAGUGGUGCUACAGAACCUGAAUUUGAUGUGUCAACUUCUUUAACUAGGCCUCUUUCAGUUCCAGCUGUGACAUCUGCUGAGAAUCCUCCUGUGCUUCUGAUGUCAAACAAGGAAACUGAUGAUAAGACUCUAGAAUGUCCAUGGGUUCCUGAAAUUGAUCAACAAAUUUUUAAAGAGGAGGUUUUCAGUAAACCUGAGGAAAUCGUCCCCAUAUUAGAAGUCAAGGUUUCUUCAGACCGUGCUCUUUCUCCUUUACAAACAGUUGAUGAGGAUUCUGCUGCAUUAAAGUCGUCAGAUGUUGAAAUGACAUAUGGGGAUGACACGUCAUCUUUGAUGGACCUUGAUCAGAAUUCUCCUUCUGUUUCAAACUCGUCCAUUCCUGAAGAAACCUGUCAAGAUUUGCCUCAGCUUCCAUUAUAUAUUGAACUUACUGAGGAACAGCAAAGAAGUGUGAGAAACUUGGCAGUCAAACGAAUUAUCGAAUCAUACAAGCAUCUACCUGGGAUUGAUUGCAGCCAGACACGCAUGUCAUUACUUGCUCGAUUGGUUUCGCAGAUCGAUGCCGAUGAUGACAUUGUUGUGAUGCUACAGAAGCAUAUAGUUGUGGAUUACCGGCAGCAAAAGGGGCAUGAGCUUGUAAUGUAUAUCUUGUACCAUCUGCAUUCACUUAUCAUUCUUGAUUCACCUAAAAGCUCCUCAUAUGCUUCUGCCAUUUAUGAGAAAUUCCUGUUGGCAGUGGCCAAAUCUCUAUUAGAUGCUUUUCCAGCUUCAGAUAAGUCCUUCAGUAGACUUCUUGGUGAAGCUCCACUUUUGCCAGAGUCAGCCUUGAAAUUGCUGGAUGAUCUGUGCUGUAGUGUGGUUUUGGAUCCCCAUGGAAAAGAGGUUAAUGAUGGUGAGCGUGUCACUCAAGGCCUUGGUGCUGCCUGGGGUUUGAUUCUGGGUCGUCCAAAUUAUCGCAAAGCAUGCUUAGAUAUAGCCUUGAAGUGUGCUAUUCAUUCACAAGAUGACAUUCGAGCAAAAGCUAUCCGGCUGGUGGCAAACAAACUCUAUCAAGUAAACUAUAUAGCAGAAAGUAUUGAGCAAUUUGCAAUAAAGAUGUUGCUGUCCGCUGUAGAUCAGCAUGCAUCAGAUACAGAGCUUUCACAGUCAGUUUCCACGGACCAAAGAGAAGCGGAGGUGGGAAGUCAGGAGACAUCAAUCAGUGGAUCUCAAGCCUCAGAUAUUGGAAAUUGCGAAAAUAAUACACAAAAUGCACAGCCAGCAGUCCAAAAUAUGUCAACAAUGUCGUUGUCAGAAGCUCAACGAAUAAUUUCUUUAUUUUUUGCUUUAUGCACACAGAAACCCAGUCUUCUUCAACUUGUUUUUGAUACGUAUGGGCGUGCUCCAAAAUCUGUGAAGCAGGCUGUUCAUCGACAUAUACCUAUUCUUAUAAGGGCCCUAGGGUCAGCUUGUUCUGAGCUGCUCCAUGUAAUAUCUGAUCCUCCAGAAGGAUGUGAAAAUCUUUUGAUGCUGGUGCUGCAAAAGUUGACUCAAGAAACAACACCCUCUGGUGAUCUAAUUGCUACCGUUAAACAUUUAUAUGAUACUAAGUUAAAGGAUGCUACUGUACUUAUUCCAAUUUUAUCUUCACUGUCCAAGAAUGAGGUAUUGCCUAUUUUCCCUCGGUUAGUUGGUCUUCCCAUAGAAAAGUUCCAGAUGGCACUUGCUCACAUCUUACAGGGUUCAGCUAAUACUGGUCCAGCUUUAACUCCUGCAGAAGUGUUGGUUGCCAUCCAUGAUAUCAGCCCAGAGAGAGACGCCCUUGCACUCAAAAAGAUAACAGAUGCUUGCUCAGCUUGUUUUGAGCAACGGACAGUAUUCACGCAGCAAGUUUUAGCGAAGGCCCUAAAUCAGAUGGUUGAUCAAACUCCUUUACCUCUACUCUUUAUGAGAACAGUGAUUCAGGCAAUCGAUGCAUUUCCUACGCUGGUUGAUUUUGUUAUGGAGAUACUAUCCAAACUGGUGACUAGACAGGUUUGGAAAAUGCCAAAAUUGUGGGUUGGGUUUCUAAAAUGUGCAUCUCAAACUAGGCCCCAUUCUUUCAAUGUUUUACUACAGUUACCCCCGCCACAACUUGGAAGUGCUAUGAGCAAGCACGCUAAUCUCAGAGGCCCAUUAGCUGCUUAUGCAAACCAACCAAGUAUCAGAACUUCACUACCUAGAUCAACUCUAGCAGUUCUUGGUCUUGUCAAUGAUUUGCAAACACAAGAGCCACAUGUUGCGACCUUACAUACUUCUGACAGAAGUUCCUCAAUUCAUGGAGCAUAAUUAACGGGAAUAAGAAUAAGAAUCUGACAAAUUGUAUAGCAGGGCAUUGUAGAAGACCAUUCCAGAUGUUGAUCUUCAUCAAAUGGUUCCAUUGCCAGAAAGGGGAACUCGAUUUUGCAGCUUUUGCAAAGGCUUAAGAUGGAUAAUUGUCUUGCAAGUGACGGCUCAAAGUGCAUACGAGUUGAAGUGGAGUGGAUUCAGCAGUUGGAGUUGCCCUUUGGGCAAAGAAAACGCCUUAAAGAAUGCGACCCCUCCCUUUUCGUGGAGCCCUAAUAGUGUAUUGUAACUGUAAAAACAUUUCCAUUCUUGUUCCAAUUUCUUGGUGUAAUUAAUCUCUUGAAAUUUUGAUAUUCAGUUGUACCCUUAAACAGGCAUGUUUCAUGAAAGGUGCAGUUAGUUGGGGUAGAGAGCACUGCCCUUGCAUAAGUUGGCAAAUUUGUUCUGGAUAUUGAGUAAAGAAUAUGUUGGAAA